ACCAACGUUUGGAUCGAUAUCUGCAUCGAUCUGCCCACCCUUGUCUCCUGGAUCGUAGCUGAGAUCAGCGUGAACCACGUGGGUCUCUGCUCCCUGAUCUGUUUCCUGUGUUUGGAAAGAGUUCCAGCUUCAUCACGGAGUUUCUCUCGGUUUGUGGGCUCAUCUAAAGCUGAUCAGCAGGAGGAGAAGAGUCUGACGGAGCAGCAGAGGAACAUUUUCAGCCAUCUGGACUCAGCUGAGUCACUACAGAGGAAACAAUGAGCUCGACACAGAAGGACCAACAUGGACCGAGCAGUCAGCGCUCUCAGGAGGCCGACAAACCUCACAGAAGAAAGGAAGAGAAAAAAUACAGCUGUGACGACUGUGGGAAGGAUUUUACCCAGUCUGGAAGCUUAAAAGCACACCAGGUCAUCCACACUGGAGAGAGGCCAUACAAGUGUGAUAUUUGUGGAAGGUCUUUUUCCUCAGCUUCAUACUUAAAAAGACACCAGGUCAUCCACAGUGGAGUUAAAGCGUACAGCUGUGAUCAGUGUGGCAGAGCUUUUACUCACAGUAACAGCUUACAGAAUCAUCUAGUUACCCACUCUGGAAUUAAGGCAUACAGCUGUGACAUCUGUGGAAAAACUUUCAGCCGGAGAGACAGCCGAAAUACACACCUACGCAUUCACACCAGACAUGAUGUGUACAGCUGUGAUCAGUGUGGUAAACUAUGUUUAACAGGCACACAGUUACAACGCCACAUGUUUACCCACUCUGAGGAGAGACCUUAUAAAUGUGACCUGUGUGAGAAGACUUUUAAAGCGCCACGUAACCUGAAAGAACACCAACAGAUCCACACCAGAAAGAGACUCUACAAGUGCAGUUACUGUGAGAAGCAGAGUGACACAGAUGGAUCCAGUUCUCAACCCUGUCAUCACUGUGGUGGUGGGAAAGACUUUCAUUGUGACCUUUGUGGGAAAACUUUCAGUUGGCAAGGCUCCCUUAAAACACAUCAACGUAGACACACUGGAGACAAACUGAAAUACUGCAAAGAAUGUGGGAGAAGCUUCACCAGAUCAAGUGACUUAAAACGACAUGAACUCAUUCACAGUGGGGUUAAAAAGAACCUCCGUGAUCAGUGUGGGUCAUCCUUCACCACUGCAGGUCAGCUUAAAACACACAAACGAGUCCACACAGGAGAGAAACCAUACAAGUCCAGACACUGUGACAAAAGCUUCUCACAAUCACAUAGUCGUAACGAUCAUGAACGUGCACACAUGGAAGGAAACUACAGCUGUGACCAGUGUGACAAGAGCUUCAGGAAUUUCACUUCAUACUCCGAACACAAACGAUCCCACGCUGCAAAUAAACCGUUUCACUGUCACCAAUGUGCAAAAAUAUUCACUUCGUUAUCUGCUCUGUACAAACAUCAGCGUGAUCAUGCAGGACUGAAAUCACUCUCAUCUCUGUGAAUCUGCAGAGACAGAAAGAUCCUCUUCUGGUUUCAGGGUCAGACUUAAACCCUUGAGAUCAGGCUCCACAGAGUUCAGGUGAAAUCUCCUGUAAAGAUCUGAUGAGGCAGCUAUGAAUGAAAAUGUGCCUCUCGUUACAUUUUAAGCUUUCUAAACUGUUGUACUGUAGUGUUCGUGUUGAGUGGUUAUUGAAUGCAUUUU